CCAGUCCACACUCUCCACACUAAUCCAAUUUCCACUCUGCUCUGUAAAUGGGAUUUGGCCUCUAGACCCUGAGACCUGGACGCAUCCUCUGCAGAUCCCCUACAAAUUCCCCACACAUCCGUCAGCCGGGCCCUCGCUCGUGCCCCUCUGGGGUCAUCGGUGACAACACCCUCUGGCCCAGACAGGGCCGGUUGCUCAUCGAUCGAGGGCAUAGGGACCCUCUCUGGACUCUUCCGGCAUCCUGUCUGGUUGGUGACAAUUUACAAGCCCUUUGAUCCCUGACAUACAUCCCAAGGUGGAAGACCUUGCCGGGGACAGACAACAUGGCCAGCGCGAAGUCCAAUAAGUCACAUGUCAUCUUCAAGAAGAUCUCGCGGGACAAAUCGGUGACCAUCUAUCUGGGGAAGAGAGACUAUAUCGACUAUAUCAGCAAGGUAGAGCCUGUGGAUGGAGUUGUGCUCGUGGACCCAGAGCUUGUGAAAGGGAAGAAAGUGUUCGUCACGCUGACCUGCGCCUUCCGCUACGGCCAGGAGGACAUCGACGUGAUGGGGCUGAGCUUCCGCCGGGACCUGUACUUCACGCGGGUGCAGGUGUACCCGCCCGUGGGGGCCGCAGGCGCCCCCACGCGGCUGCAGGAGAGCCUGCUGAAGAAGCUGGGCGGCCACACGUACCCCUUUCUGCUCACGUUUCCCGACUACCUGCCCUGCUCCGUGAUGCUGCAGCCGGCUCCGCAAGACACAGGAAAGAGCUGCGGGGUUGACUUCGAGGUCAAAGCGUUCGCCACAGACAGCUCGGAGACCGAGGAAGACAAAAUCCCCAAGAGAAGCUCCGUGCGGCUCCUGAUCCGGAAGGUGCAGCACGCUCCACCCGAGAUGGGGCCCCAGCCCCGGGCCGAGGCCUCCUGGCAGUUCUUCAUGUCGGACAAGCCCCUGCACCUCACCGUCUCCCUCAGCAAAGAGGUAUUUUUCCACGGGGAGCCCAUCCCUGUCACUGUGACUGUGACCAAUAACACAGAGAAGAUGGUGAAGAGGAUUAAAGUAUUAGUGGAGCAGGUGGCCAAUGUGGUUCUCUACUCCAGCGAUUAUUACGUCAAGCCAGUGGCCAUGGAGGAGGCCCAAGAAAAGGUGCCGCCCAACAGCACUGCGAGCAAGACCCUGGUGCUGCUGCCCCUGCUGGCAAACAACCGGGAGAGGAGAGGCAUCGCCCUGGACGGGAAGAUCAAGCACGAGGACACCAACCUCGCCUCCAGCACCAUCAUUAAGGAGGGUAUAGACCGUACCGUGCUGGGCAUCCUGGUGUCCUACCAGGUCAAGGUGAAGCUCACCGUGUCAGGCUUUCUGGGAGAGCUCACCUCCAGUGAAGUGGCCACGGAGGUUCCCUUCCGCCUCAUGCACCCCCAGCCGGAGGAUCCAGCAAAGGACAGUUUACAGGAUGAAAAUUUGGUUUUCGAGGAGUUUGCUCGCCAAAAUCUGAAAGAUAUGGUUGAAUGUGGGGAAGGGAAGAAGGAGGAGGAAGAGGCUGCCCCUGAGGAGUGAGCAGUAGGCUCCCUCCCUGUGCAGGGCCUGUAGUUCCCUUGUGGCAAGCGAGCCCCAGGGUCUUGCCAGCUACGGAAAUAUGAGUCUUCCUCUCAGAAAUAAAGUGUGCCCCUGUG